AUGUCGCUUCUCGACUCCUUCCGCAACUCCAGCAUGCCCAAGCGGCUGCUGCGGUACGCGCUCUCCCGCUUCGACGUCCUCGACGCCGAUGCUCUCGACCUGGAUAACCUCGACCUGGCCUGGGGCCGGAAUACCGUUCUCGAGUUUCGGGAUGUUGGCUUGAAACUAAAGAUCCUCCAAGAGCUCCUCCAACUCCCACCAACCUUCCACAUUCGAAAAGCCAAAGUUGCACUCCUCCGUGUCACCCUUCCUGUUGAUAUCUACUCCAGCCCGAUCCAGAUUCAAGUCACCGGUGUCGAUGUCCGUCUCCGGAUAGCCAAGGACAGCGACGACGCAGAAGGCAGUGCGGCCCGGCGAGGCAGUGGCAACAAGUCGGCAGCUGACGAUGACGGCGUGGUCCCUACUGCGGCCGACCUGGCCCAGUCCUUCCUCGAGCACCAGCCCGUCAACGAAAAGAAGGCCCUUGAAGAGGCACUCGCGGCCGCCGAUGAAGACGACGACGAUUUCGAUGAUGACGAGUCCACCUCAUCCUCCUCCCAAACACUCGGCACAGGUCAAGCGCUGACACUGCCCACGUUCCUGGCCGGCUUCCUCCAGGGCAUUGUGGAUCGCAUACAAGUCAACAUUGAGGGCGUGACUUUCCAGCUCGAGGUGGACGUGCCGGUCGAUGCGUCCGCCGCAACCUCGAGCCCGGUCGGGGCUGCCACCCCGGGCGCUGUUGAGCCGGUUGUGUUCCAGCUUGCCCUGUCGCGCAUCAACGUCGAGGGUGUCACGACAUCGAUAACACCGCCAGCCGACUCGGCGAAAGAAGAUACGAACAAGGACACCACGACCAGCAAUGACACAGGGCGGCCUCCCAUUGUGCCCAAGGAGGGUAAGCGCCAUAUUUCCCUUGAGAACGUCCGCGCCUUCCUCAUAUCGGAAGCCAACAUCUUCUCGACUCUCGCCCGCUCGCCAUCGAUGCCGUCGUCUCUCUCCUCACGAUCACCCAGGACGCCUUCCCGCGGUCCACCGUCUCGCUCGUCGACCGACGGGUCGGCCCACGCCUACUCCCAUCAACAAGGACACGCCAACCCUGCGCAUGGCAGUCUACAUGGCCUGGACGGCCCGGACGAUGACUACAACGUAAGCGCGGCGUCUAUGGCAGCGUCUUCGGCGGCUUCGUCCGCGAUGAUGCAAAGCCGAUACGGCCUUCAAGACAGUGAGGACGCUUUUAAUAUCCCAUACGAGAUGGGUAGUUCCAGUGAUGAAAACGACUCCGGCACCAACGAAGACGCACCUCCGGACAUCGAAGACGACGAAGGCGCUCUGGCUGCUGCUCUGGCUUCCUCCUCAUCUACACCCAGAGCCUCGGUGUACGGUGACACGGCUGGGCUACCAACAUCCUUGUCCGGAAUAGUACCGCCGCAACAGGGACCGCCUCAUGCUGUGCAAUCCACCAUUGUUCAUGGGAAUGAUGGACAGGGCAGUCUACAAUGGAGCGCAUGGGGUCAGGAAGCCCAGUCUGAGCCGUCGCUCCGGCAUACCAGCGCGUCUCCUCCGCGCUCAGAAGGCCGUGGCAGUUUCGGCGCCUCUGGCUUCGGCACCUCUGGACUGGGCAUGAUUGGUGCUGCCACCCCUACGUUGAGCGGUUCGCAGCAUUUGGGACCCGGCGAUACCAACAGCGUCAGCUCGACCGGGCCGGCCGACGACCUGGCGGCAUCACACGUGUUCAGCCAUGACGAAGCCGAAAGCAUGUACAUGAGUGCUUUCUCACAUGCCGACUCGUCGCGUCUUCGCAGCGCCAUGCCAGGUGGCUGGGACAACGAGGACAAUGACGCCGAUGAAGACGCCGAUGACCACUACAACGACGACUAUAACGAGCGACGCUCUAUUAGUUCCGGUUCGUCCCGGCCAGAUUCACCGGUGCCCACGGGUGAAUUUGAUCCUCAAUUUAGUAGCAACGACGGAUUCAAUCCCGACCAGUCGACGCAGUUGUCCCUGCGUCUUGUUGCACACGAAGCGGAACGAGAGCCGUCGCCUCCUGCGUCUCCGCCGCUUGCCAAAUCGGCCACGUCAUUCGGCCUGGCCGGGUCGGGCAUGUUUAACAAGCCCAGAUCCAUCUCUGGGCGUUCGUCGAGCUCGCGCGGUUCUCUCUCUGCAGCGCCAGAUGAUAUUCCCAAAGAGCAUCCCGCCGCCGAACAAAUUCUUCGCUCCAGCGUACACUCUUCUGGCCGAGAGUCGCCUGCGUUUGGGGGAAAUUUUGAUGGUCCGCAGGGCUCGGGCAGCGAACACGCAUCGAAGAGUGAAAACAGCCAGGAAAUCCCAGAGGUGCAGGACGACCAGGAAGGCGAAGAGUCAAGAUCACAGCCAGAUGAAGCUGCUACCCCACGUGGUCCGGCCCGCCUUGUCAAGGAGAUCCUAGCGCUUCAGUACAUCUCCAUCUACGUUCCAUCCAACCACAAGCCAAUCGAUAUCGCACAUCAAACCGUUCACACCCCACGCCAUCACCACCAUGAAAGUCUAGGGCGCUCCGUUGCUCCUCAUAUGCCGGGUUCCUUUUCUGUCUACUCGUCUGCAGGCGCAGCGUCAAAAAUGGACAGCACUUCGUUCAGCACGCGACUCGACGAGAGCCAGGUCUGGCCACAGACGGCCCAUGCGAGGCCAGCGGAGGGUGACUCGUCCCUUGAGGUGACACUCGCUCCCUUGGAAGUCCGGUUUGAUGCUUCCAUUGGCUUCCUACUCGCUAUGGUCGUUUCUGAGCUGCUACAAUCACUUAGGACAGGGCUAGAACAGCAGCAAAAGGCGAAGCUACAGAAGCAACAGCGGAGACGCGGCUCUGUUGCCACACAGGGCCAUGGAGACGACACUGGUUCUAUCAUGCCAGACGUCAAAGUCCACGCUGAGAAGAUCUCACUUCUCUUCCUUGACAAGCUGGCCGGUAUAGCUGACACUGCCGAGCGCUUCUUUGACUCGCCUCGAGCGUCAACUUUCAACCACAAGGGCGACGUCCUUCUUCAAACCGUCCUAGAAGAUCUUGUCAUCGGUCUUACGCCGCCGCCUCCAGCAGCAGCAAAGAACUCGACCGACCGAGAGGCGUCUCGCGCAGGCAUUCCCGACCCGGUCACCAAGACCAGCAUUGACUUGAAGCGGUUCCGUUUUGGUUAUGCCGAUGCGGACAUUGUGUCAUUUGACCGGCACAUCCAGAUGCGGGCAUCCGUACGCGACGUUUUCCCACCAGCCGGCGACGAUGUAUCGGUCAAGAUAAGCCAAUCUGCGGAGGCCUUCCGAUGCGAGAUCAACACUCUGCCUCUCCUUGUGUCGGUCGACCUGCAGCGCCUAGAUGAGACGUUUAGUUGGUUUGGUGGCCUGAGCAGCUUCCUUAGCAUGGGCUCGUCCAUCACGUCUGCGGCGUCCCAAGGCGGCGCUGGUGCAACCAAACUCGUGACCUCUCCCAAGACGGAAACACCAACCCAAAAACCUCGCGGCGUCCGCUUUGAUGCCCCGAUCAAACCCGACGACAAAUCGGCCACGGCAGAGAACAAAGUGGACAUGCGUAUCGGCGGUAUCCGGCUCGACCUUAUUGGUAGAGACUGCAGUGUCGGCCUGGAUACAAGCGCCGUGAAGCUUGUCAGCCGCGAGGAGGGAAUCGGAAUCGGCGUGAGCCGUAUCAAGUUGGCCGGGCCCUGCUUGCGUAACUCUCGCGGUGAACCGCCGGUGACGGCCGAAGUUUCCAACACCCGCCUCGAGUUUCUGAAUGUGCCCAAAGACAAGGAUCUCGAGAGACUCCUGGAGUUGAUCACGCCGUCGCGUGUCAAGUUUGACGAGCGUGAGGAUGUGAUUAUGGUUGACACGCUUCUUCGGCAACGCCGCAGCGGUCCUCUCCUCCGCCUCAAUAUGGACGCCCUGGAUGUGCAUGUGCACAACAUUGCGCAGCUAUCGUGUCUUCCCUCACUGGGCGAAGAGAUUGCGCGUCUGUCCACCGUCGCCAAGUACCUGCCCGAGGAUGAUAGGCCAGGCCUCCUCACGCUCGGCCUAAUUCGCCGGCUGGAUGUCUCCGCCGACAUUGGUGGUCGCCUUGGCCUGCUCCAGGCCUCCAUAGGGGAUCUUGACAUAGCGCACAUCUCUAUCCCAUCCCUGAUAUCCGUCGCAGCCGGCUCGCUGUCUGUGCACCGAAACCACACGGAGGAGCUCAUCGGCUCGUCGGUGGUCCCUGCCGCCAAGCCAUCCACUCCUACGGCAACUGCAACCACGUCUACUGCAGUGUCCACGAGCGUUUCGCCAGCGCAAACAAGUGGGCAAUGCCCGGCGUUGAUGCUGCGCAUCAUCGGCGACGACAUGGAGCCCGUUAUCAAGGUCAAGAUGUGGGGUUUGAACUUUGAGUACCGAGUACCUACUGUGAUGGACAUCCUUGGCUUGGCCGAGGAUGCCACCCCGCAAGACUUUGAAGCGAGCCUGGCCGCAUCUGUUGCGAAUCUUGGUGAACAGGCACACUCGGCCAUUGGCGGCGAGGCUUCCACAGGCACGGGCAAUACGAGUCUGUCCGAGGCAAGUGCUAAAAGCGCGGCAUCCAAGCCGACGACGCUUGACCUGUCAUUCCGGGACUGCAUCAUCGGUCUCAAUCCUCUGAAGCUACCAUCGAAGCUGAAUAUCGUGCUUGGCGAUGCUCGUCUCGAAGUGUCCAUUCCCAAAGCCGACGAGGAAAUUGACACGGUCGUUCACGUCAAUAAGAUGUCUUUGUUGCUUGUCGACGACGUGUCGACCCUUCUGUCUGCGAAGGAGGUGUCAUUUGCGCCGAGCCAUACCGCACGCCGCUCCUCUGGCGGUACCAGCUUUCUCUCGCCACCAUCCCUCUCCAAGGACAUGGUGUCACGCCUCUGCGCCCGCGGAUACGUCGACAUUUGCCAGAUCUCCGCAGCCAAGGUCUCCGUGCACGUAUCGGCUCCUGACGGCGACGGCCAAAAGACAAUCGACAUCGAGGUUCGCGACGACCUACUCGUCCUCGAGACUUGUGCCGACUCGACCCAGACGCUCAUAACGCUUGCCAACGCCCUCAAACCCCCGACGCCACCCAGCAAGGAGAUCAAGUUCAAGACGGAGGUCAUGCCGGUCAAGGAUCUUUUGGCGUCGAUCUCGAUUGACGCGUUCGGCCGGGCCGAGGGCAACUACAACUUUGACGACGACUUUAUUGUGGAAGGGGACGAGGACGAGGCUAGUACUACCAUGGGCGCUGGGAGCGAAGGCAACCUGUUUGGUGCCGCCUCGGACGGCAGCCACGACCUCUUGCCCGGCCAUGGCAAUCGCACUGCUAUUGAAGAGUCUGUAGCCUCGCUGCCCUCGGUCACAGCCGGCGACGAUCUCCUUUUCGAUGGCGACCUGGACCUGGAUGCCGAUCAUGGCAUGGCGGGUACGGUAGCCGAGCAGCUGUUCAAUGCAUCCUCUGUGUUCUCAGAACAGGCUCAGCAGCGCGGCAGUCUCACACCCAGCCGCAGUGGCAUCCCGUCUGGACAAGACAAGGGCAAGAAAAAGGAAAAUACCAAACCCAGUGGCAGUCCGCUUUUCCUUGCGUCGUCGACGAGCGACCUCGAUGCCGAAGAAAACUUCUUUGGCACGUCUUCAGAUAUGGCUGCCGAGGAGUCGUCGCAUGCCAAUCGGUGGAACUCGGCUCUAAACAGCUACGACAAUAGGAGCAAGGUCAUCGGCGGCAGGGACGGGGCAAGUGCGGGCACGAAGCCGCCCCCGCUCUGUGUCCGCGUCCGGGACGUCCAUGUCAUCUGGAAUCUCUUUGAUGGCUACGAUUGGCAGCACACGCGCGAUAUCAUCACCAAGACCGUCGAAGAAGUCGAGGCCAAAGCCUAUGAGCGGCGCACACGGCACCGCCGGCGGUCCGGCCAAGACCAGUACAACCCCUACUCGGAGGAUGAAGAAGAAGAGGCCGUCAUUGGUGAUUUCCUCUUCAACUCCAUCUACAUUGGCAUCCCGGCCACGCACGACCCGCGGGAACUGACGCAGGCGAUCAACCAGAACAUCUAUGGAGAUGCGAUGGGCGACACAGAGUCGGUUGCGGCGACGACCAUUACGGCCACGUCGACGCGGCCUGGUGGCGGUGGAGGUAGCGGCGGCGGCGGCGGCGGCGGCGGCGGGACUGGGGUCGGUCCGCCGCAUGCUUCUCGGGGCGGUCGGUCUAAGAAAUUGAAGCUGCAUCGCAGCCGGCGCCACAAGAUCACGUUUGAGCUGGGCGGUGUCGCAGCCGACCUCGUUGUCUACCCACCGAACUCGGGCGAGACGCAGUCGUCGACCGAUGUUCGUAUCCGCGACCUAGACAUCUUCGACCACGUGCCCACAUCGACGUGGAAGAAGUUUGCAACCUACGACCGCGAUGCCGGCGAGCGACCGAUCGACGGCGACAUGGUGCAUCUCGAGGUUCUCGUUGUCAAGCCGGUGCCGGAGCUGGCGGCUACAGAGUUUGUGCUCAGGGUGACGCUGCUUCCACUGCGGCUGCAUGUCGACCAGGACGCGCUCGACUUCAUUACGCGCUUCUUCGAGUUCAAGGACGACACUGCACCGCCGACGCAUGCGUCGACCAGCGAUGUUCCCUUUAUCCAGCGAGCCGAGAUUCGCGACAUCCCCGUGCAGCUGGACUUUAAGCCCAAACGGGUCGACUACGCGGGUCUGCGCUCGGGUCACACGACGGAGUUUAUGAACUUCUUGAUUCUCGACGGGUCGCGCAUGACGAUGCGGCACACCAUUAUCUACGGCGUGUCGGGCUUCGACCGGCUGGGCAAGACACUCAACGACAUCUGGAUGCCCGACAUCAAGCAACACCAGCUGCCCGGCGUUCUCGCGGGCCUUGCACCGGUGCGGUCUCUCGUGACCGUCGGCAGCGGCUUCAAGGACCUGAUUGAGAUUCCCAUCCAAGAGUACCGGCACAACGGCCGCAUCGUGCGGUCCAUCUCCAAGGGCGCGGUGGCCUUUGCCAAGUCCACGGGCACCGAACUCGUCAAGCUGGGCGCCAAGGUCGCGACGGGCACGCAGUAUGUGCUGCAGGGCGCCGAAGGCAUGCUCAACAAGAACAACCCGGAUGCGCCGCACAGCACGGCCCAGAACGGCGGGUUCCCCUCAGGCGGCGGCCUCGACGACGACGACGACUCGGACGACGAGCGCAAGCAGAUUAGCCUGUACGCCGACCCGCCGACGGGCGUGGUGCAGGGCCUGCGCCAUGCGUACACCAGCCUGGCGCGUGACCUCAACGUGGCGCGCGACGCCAUCAUUGCCGUGCCGGCCGAGGUGCGCGAGACGACGAGUGCGACGGGCGCGGCCAAGGUGGUCAUCAAGCACGCGCCGACCAUCAUUUUCCGGCCGGCCAUCGGUGCCUCCAAGGCCAUCGGGCAGACGCUGAUGGGCGCCACCAACAGCCUGGACCCGCAGAACCUGCGGCGGGUCGAAGAUGUAAGUCAGAGCAGAGCGUGGCACAACCCAUGUUGGGAUAUGUGA